CACAGCUGCCUUACAAGACCAGACCCCCACUCGCACACCAUUUUCACUUCCUGCCAUCGUCUCCUCUGAAUUUUUUUUCUUUCAACUUUCAAGAUUCUAUUUCUGUUUCUUAUCUUCUUCAACAAAAAUCUUUUCCAGAAUUUUUCCUUCAAAGAUUUUUUUUUGAUUCAAAAACAGUAACUAAUAAUUUUUUUUUCACAUAUAGAUUAUCAUCAAUCUUGUUUAAAACUUGAUUAAUCAAGAAACUGAGAUUCUACAGAAUCUGUAGAAUCUGAUUCUUUGAAGGUUGAAAUCAGAGACAGAUAGAGGUAUAUAUAUAUAUCAUGGAGCAACCGCCGGAGAGUGGAAGUGGGAGUGGUUUGGUGUUUGAAGAGGCGGAGAAGAUAAUAUUAAGGUGGGAUUCUACCGCAUCGGAGGAAGCUAGGGAGAAGAUGAUCUUCGAUUGCGAUCGCGAUGAGGUCAACCGAUACUUACAGGCCGUCGAUGAAAUUCAACGCUCCAUGUCCACCGCUUCCAUUUCUUCAACUUCGGAGGAUCAGAAAAGCAACAACAAGGUUAAUAACUCCGCCACCAUCCAGAUCGCCAUGGCUCGAUUGGAGGACGAGUUCCGUAACAUCCUUCUCAUACAUACUACUCCAAUCGAGGCCGACUCUCUCACUGAUCCUUCAAGCUCCUACUCCUUCCACUCCACCGACGAGUCGCUUGAUGAGAGCUUAAGUUUCGGUGAGACUUUCGAUGCGAGGGUGAAACAACAGCAGGAAGAUGAAGAACAACAACGAGAAGGAAUAUCUGCGGAUUCGUCAAGUUUCAGUCACUCGAGUUACCGAUCCACGAGUUGUAUUCGCGAGAUCGAUCUGAUUCCAGAGGAAGCAAUUAACGACUUGCAGUGCAUCGCCGGACGCAUGAUCUCUGCUGGGUACUUGCGGGAGUGUAUCCAGGUGUACGGGAGUGUUAGGAAAUCUGCCGUGGACGCCAGCUUUCGAAGGCUUGGUAUCGAGAAGUUGAGUAUUGGAGACAUUCAGAGGCUCGAAUGGGACGCCUUGGAAACUAAGAUUAGGCGCUGGAUACGUGCUGCAAAGAUCUGCAUAAGGAUUUUGUUCGCAAGCGAAAAGAAGCUCUGCGAACAGAUCUUUGAAGGGAUUGGUACUGCCAUUGACGAUGCUUGUUUUAUGGAGACGAUUAAGGGUCCCGCAAUUCAGCUCUUCAAUUUUGCUGAGGCUAUAAGUAUAAGCAGGAGAUCACCGGAGAAGUUGUUCAAGAUUCUGGACUUACAUGAUGCUUUGAUGGACCUUAUACCUGAUAUUGAAGUUGUAUUCGAUUCGAAAUCGUCCGAUUCCAUUCGGGUCCAGGCGGCUGAGAUUCUGUCCAGGUUAGCCGAGGCAGUGAGAGGGAUUUUGUCAGAGUUUGAGAAUGCUGUGCUGCGUGAGCCUUCCAGGGUUCCUGUGCCCGGAGGGACUAUACAUCCCUUGACUAGGUAUGUGAUGAACUACAUAAGUUUGAUCUCUGAUUACAAACAGACUUUGAUUGAGCUUAUUGUGUCAAAACCAUCGGCUGGUUCGAGAUAUUCAGGCGAUCCAACAACCCCGGAUAUGGAUUUUGCUGAAUUAGAGGCGAGAACUCCCUUAGCACUUCAUUUGAUUUGGAUUAUUGUGAUUUUGCAAUUCAAUUUGGAUGGCAAGUCUAAACAUUACAAAGAUGCAUCAAUAUCAAAUCUCUUUAUGAUGAACAAUGUUCACUAUAUAGUUCAAAAGGUGAAAGGGUCACCAGAAUUGAGAGAAAUGAUUGGGGAUGAUUAUUUGAGGAAGCUAACAGGGCAAUUCAGGCAGGCAGCAACCAGCUACCAGAGAGCAACAUGGGUGAAGGUUUUGUAUUGUCUAAGAGAUGAGGGGUUACAUGUGAGUGGGAGUUUCUCAUCUGGGGUGUCAAAGAGUGCAUUGAGAGAGAGGUUUAAGACCUUCAAUGCUAUGUUUGAGGAGGUUCAUAGGACUGAAGCUACAUGGCUUGUACCGGAUUCUCAGCUUAGGGAAGAGCUACGAAUAUCGAUAUCGGAGAAGUUGAUUCCAGCUUACAGGUCAUUUCUCGGGCGGUUCAGGAGCCAUAUAGAGAGUGGAAAACACCCAGAGAAUUACAUCAAGUACUCAGUUGAGGAUUUAGAGGAUGCUGUCUUGGAUUUUUUUGAGGGAUACCCUGUAUCCCAGCACUUAAGGAGGAGGUCUCAGUGAAGGAGUGGCAAUGUUUGCUUAAGUUGGAAAAUUAGGACACAUUCUUUGAAUUUUUUGUGGAGUAUUUGGGGGAUAUGGUGCUGGUAAAUCUUGGCUGCCCUGUGCUUUGCGAUUCCUCUAAGCAUCUCUUAUUAGUUCUCAACUUAUGCGAAAAGAUCGAACUCAAUUGUCAGGUGUAGCUUUUCCAGAAUAGCCAGGUUCCUGAGCCUGAAUGCUUCUGCGCUAUAGCAUGUUGUUUGUAUUAUUACCACAUUCUAGAUUUUUUGCUCCUCUUGUUGAUAUGGAAUAUUUGCUGCAUAUGUGUUUUCUCUUGAAUCUACCUCAGAUUCUUUGUUUGAACCCCAUUUUUAAUGUGCCCUUGGUUAAUCGCUCACGACAAAUAGAAUCUGGCUAAAUCUUGACAGUUGCAGAGAGCCAAGAACUACAGUGACUUGGAUAUCCGGUGGCCGAUUAAAGGCGAUGAGGCAUUACAGAGGGUUUCAGGUAUAUGAUGCCAUCAAAGAUUGAUCCAUGUUAAGAGGGUUUCCUGCUAAAGGUCACUUGGAGAAUCUGUGUAUGUUGUCUGGUGCUAGUGAAUCUGCAUACGAAUGACUAUUUCAGACGAGUAGAUGUAUGCCUUACUACUUCAGUAUUCUUUCAUUCUUUCGUUCAUUUAUGGUUUUUUGGUUUGACAUAUAUCAGUAUGGCCUUUGUAUGCCGUUUCUUUGACAAUUUUCUCCUUGUAACCUUGAUCCAACUUCUAUGGCAAUGUUGGUGUGUUUGUGAGGCAGA